GAAGGGUUUUGCAGAUUUUUAGAGAGAUAUUUGAAUUUAGCUUUGUUCUUUUGCUCUUUUUUCUUGAAUUUGAGGUUGGGAGUUUGGAAUUUCAGGUCCUCGGGGAGAGCGAUGGAUUUCAAUGUGAUCUUUAGUCUUUCUUCAUGAACUGGAAGUGGGUAUUUAGAAUUAUAGUUUUCUUUUUUUCCGGCAGAGAUUUGAAUUUUAGAUGUGUUGCUCUUUCCAUGUGAAUCUGAUUUUCUUCUAACAUCUUUCUUACUGUAGAUGGGGUGUUAAGAAGCCUCAAAUCAUGAAAAAUUUUAUCACGAUCUUGUCGAAUGCAGGUCUUGGGAUGGCCAUGUUCAGUCUCGGUAAGAUCAUUGAUAUGCUCAUCAUGUUCAGUCUCGGUAAGAUCAUUGAUAUGCUCAUUCGACGUGAGGGGUGUCAUCAAGAAAUAUGACAGUCCCGAACAAAUUCUUGAAGAAUUCUUUCAUUUAAGACUUGAGUUCUAUGUAAAGAGAAAGAAAGUAAUGCUGGAUAAUCUUAAAAUAAAGCUGUUGAGAUUGUCUAACAAAGUCAGAUUCAUCAUUGGGGUGGUAGAAGGAGAGAUUAUUGUGAGUAACAGGAAGAGAGCAGAUCUGGUCCUCGAGUUGCAGCAGAAGGGUUUCACACCGUUCCCUAAAACCAAAGGCGUUGAUACCAGCGAGGCAAUGGAAACAGAAGAAAAUGAAGAGACACCGGAGGUGGGAAUAGUUGUAAGAGCAAGUGAUUAUGAGUAUUAACUGUCGA